UCAUAGAAAAAUAUAUAUAAUAGUACUAGCUGAUUAGCAUGUUGUAUAAAUAAGAGACUUGUGUUGUUCAUUUAUGCAUAAAAAUCAUUCUAACUUUGAGUUUGAGAAGUGAAUAUUUUGGUAGCAAUGGAGCAUCGCGCUUUGGUGUUUUCGGCUUGGGUUUUGGGUCUUUGCAUUUGUGCUUCGUCUUUUGCUUCCGCUGCUAUUGUGGAACACACAUUUCACGUGAAAAAUCUUACAGUGAACAAGUUGUGCAGAAAUCAAGUUAUAACAGCAGUAAAUGGUAGUCUACCAGGGCAAACACUUCGAGUACAUGAGGGGGAUACUUUAGUCGUUCACGUGUUUAAUAAAUCGCCCUAUAACCUCAGCAUUCAUUGGCACGGAAUUUUUCAAUAUCUUAGCGGGUGGGCUGACGGGCCGGAGUUCGCUACCCAAUGUCCGAUCCGACCGGGUCUAAGCUACACAUACAAAUUUAACGUAACGGGCCAAGAAGGAACUCUUUGGUGGCAUGCACACGUGGGAUGGCUCCGGGCCACAGUGUAUGGAGCCUUGAUAAUCCGACCGAGAUCCGGCCACUCAUUCCCAUUUCCAAAGCCACAUAGAGAAAUACCUAUUGUCCUUGGGGAAUGGUGGAAUGCUAACGUUAUUGAUGUAGAGAACCAAGCCUUAGCUACGGGUGCUUCGCCUAAUUUAUCCGAUGCUUACACUAUGAACGGCCAUCCCGGAAAGCUCUAUCCAUGCUCAUCAAACGAUACAUUUCGACUGAAAGUGGUACACGGAAAGACAUAUCUCCUGCGCAUAAUCAACGCUGCACUCAACAACCAACUAUUUUUCAAAAUCGCAAAUCACAACAUCACCGUAGUAGCCGUGGACGCCGCCUACACGAACCCAUACGCCACGGACGUCGUCCUGGUGGCGCCGGGGCAGACCACCGACGUCCUCCUCACCGCCGAUCAAGCGCCCGCGAGAUACUACAUGGCGGCGUCCGCCUACCACAGCGUCGCCGGCGUCCCAUUCCCCAACACCACAACCACCGGGAUCCUCGCCUACAGCGAAACGACGCCGUCCACGCCGAUCAUGCCCAUCCUUCCCGCCUUCAACGACACGCCCACGGCCCACAGAUUCUCCAGCAACAUAACGGCGUUAGUCUCGAGCCGGUUUUGGACCCCCGUUCCGCGCCAAGUGGACGAGCGCAUGUUUAUCACAAUUGGGUUGGGCCUGUCGGCCUGCGACCUUCCCGUCUGCCAGGGCCCAUUUGGCCUCAAGUUUGCAGCCAGCAUGAACAAUGCGUCGUUCCAGUUCCCGACGCAGCUGUCUAUGCUAGAGGCCUUCUUCAGAGACGUCGGCGGUGUUUACACCGCCGACUUUCCUGAUAAUCCGCCGCUGCAAUUCGACUACACGAAUUCCAGCAACAGCUUCAACCGGGCGCUGCUCAACACGACCAAAUCCACCAAGGUGAAGAAGCUCAAGUUCAAUUCCACGGUGGAGGUGGUGUUGCAGAACACGGCGUUGAUCGGAAUCGAAAAUCACCCCAUACAUUUGCACGGAUUCAAUUUCUACGUUUUGGCGCAAGGUUUCGGCAAUUAUAACCCAUCGAUUGAUAGUAGAAAGUUCAAUUUCGUGAAUCCACAUGAACGGAACACCAUCGGGGUUCCGGUUGGGGGGUGGGCUGUCAUCAGGUUCCGCGCCAAUAAUCCAGGUGUGUGGUUGAUGCAUUGCCACUUGGAUGUACACUUGCCAUGGGGUCUGGCAACAGCUUUUGUGGUGGAAAAUGGGCCUACGCUGGCAACAACGCUACCUCCACCGCCACCGGAUUUUCCCAAGUGUUGAUCAUGUUGGAGGACAUGUAUAAUCUUUAGGGGGAAUAUCAUUGAUUUUUGUUUCAUUUCAUAAUGUUUUUUUCUCUUCCGGUUUGUCAUUAUCUGUUAUA